AUGCCCAUUAGAGGCUACCAAUUCACAUGGGAGAAGAGUAAGGGAACCCCAAAUUGGAUAGAGGAGAGAUUGGAUAAGGUCUUGGCAAUGGCAGGUUGGGGUGGCAUGAAUGAGAACGCAUGGGUAGAAAAUAUACGGACUCGUGCUUCGGAUCACUCGACUCUCUACCUUAACAUUAAUGCGAUCAGUAUAAGGAGGGGAAGGGGACCGAGGGGUUUCAGAUUUGAGAUGGCCUGGCUCUUGGAUGAGGGGUGUAAGGAUGUGGUAAUGACUGCGUGGCAGGAGGGGAGAUCUGAGGGGUUGCUGAAUUGUCAGCAAUAUUGUGGAGGAAAGUUGAUGCGGUGGGGAGGAGAUCAUUUUCAUAAAUUUGGAGACCGCAUUAGGCAACUACGACAGAGAAUGGAGAAUAUUAGAAACCGAAGGGAUCCGACUAGCUUAGCUGAAUUCCAACAAAUAAAUAAUCAGCUAAAUCAAUUGGAGGCCCAGGAGGAAGUUUUUUGGAAGCAACGAGCCAAGCAACACUGGCUCCGGGGCACAGAUGCUAAUACGAAGUUCUAUCACAGGUAUGCCUCUGCUCGUAAGAAAAAGAAUUAUAUUGCUAGUAUCAAAAAUAAUGCUGGGGUGUGGGUGGAAGGGAAUGAUAUGCAUUCGGUGAUCUUGGAUUAUUUUAGGAGUAUUUUUGCUUCUAAUAGUGCCAAUUGCUCUGACCCCUUAUUUGAUAAUUUCCAACCCCGGGUCUCCCAUGAUCAGAAUGUUAUGUUGGGGCGUGAUUUUGUAGUUGAUGAGGUUAAAGAAUAA